AUGAAUUGUCCUUUAAUUCGUCAUGUUGGGAAAGAACCAAACUCCCCACAUAAAAUUGCUGUGAAAUGUUGCGAGGAUUUAAAGAAUUAUUCACGACAUAUUGACAAACUAAUUGAGAAACAAACGUUAAAAGAAUUAGAGAAUAAUUGGUUGCGGCUCAAAACCUCAGUAGAGUGUGCUCGAUGGCUAGCAUUCCAAGCUUGUGCUUUUAGAGGUCAUGAUGAAAGCCUUGAUUCAAAAAAUAGGGGUAAUUUUAUUGAAUUGAUAAAAUUCACAUCAACUUUCAAUGACAAAGUAGCUAGUGUUGUUUUGGAAAAUGCUCCAGGAAAUGCCAAAUAUACAUCACCCACAAUUCAAAAGGAGAUUUUGCAUAUUCUUGCUAGUAAUGUGCGAAAUGCUAUUCGUGAAGAAAUUGGGGAUGCAAAAUUUUGCAUUCUUGUUGAUGAAGUCUGGGAUGAGUCGAAGAGAAAGCAAAUGGCCAUCAUUUUGAGGUUUGUUGAUAAAGAAGGUUUCAUUAAAGAGUGUUUCUUUCAUAUUGUGCAUGUUAGAGACACUACUGCAUUGACUUUAAAGAAUGAGAUAUGUGCUGUCCUUUCUCAUUACAACCUCCACAUUGAAAAUAUUCGAGGUCAAGGAUAUGAUGGGGCUAGUAACAUGCGUGGUGAAUGGAAUGGAUUACAAACUCUUUUUCUUAAAGAUUGCCCAUAUGCUUAUUAUGUACAUUGUAUGGCUCAUAGGUUGCAAUUAGCUCUAGUUACAGCAUGUAGAGAAGUAAAAUAUGUUUAUCAAUUCUUUGAUCAUUUGGUUAAUAUUAUUAAUAUUGUUGUUGGUUCUAGUAAGCGUAAUGAUGAAUUGCAACAUGCUCAAGCAGAACAAGUUGAGAAUAUGAUUGCUUCUAAUGAAAUUGAGAUUGGAAGAGGUGCAAACCAGAUUGGUUUGGAAUUUCGGUUGAAUUCCCAACAUGUUCAAGUAUAUGAUGAUAUAUGA